AUGAGAAUGGAAAGUGCACUAAGAGGAGGUGCCGAGAUAACAGGGGAAUCCGUCAAUAGAUUAGGUAAGUAUUCAUAUGCACACAUGAAGAAGAAGGAUACGGGGCAAAGGACUGCAAAGAGAACAAUAAACUGUUACAACUGUGGAAAUCAAGUCGCUGGCCAAAUUAUGAAGCACAAGGAAGUAUGCCCAGCACGAAAUGUGAAGUGCAACAAAUGUGGCAAAGCCGGCCACUUUGCUAAAGUCUGUAAGAGCUCUGAAGAUAUCCGACAAGUGGAGCCAGAGAACGAGAGGGAAGAUGAUGGGGUAUACAACAUUAAUUUAUUUAGUAUCAAGGCUUCAGCAAGACCAGUCAAACCAAGGUUGUCAUCAAGCAUGUGA